ACCAUAUGUAGGAUAAACAAAACUGGAAGCUUUUGGUUUUUUAUUGAAUUUCUUUUGAAAAUGGGAGACUACGACUCGGACGAUGAGAAAUCGCAGGUGGAGAAACUCCGCUAUGCGAAGGUGCCGCGUGGAAUGCAUGUUAGUGGCUGGGAUGACGAUGCGGACGAGUUAAUUGAGGAGGACAAGAAUCCGCAAUCCAGCAUCGAGAGCAUGAUACUGUGGGCGGUUAACGAGAACCGCAUUAGCGAAGUUCGCGAAAUACUGCGCCUGGAUGCGGACGCUGUAAACGCCCGGGAUAACGAUGGCUACACGCCACUGCACCGGGCCGCUUACAACAAUUUCGUUGACAUGGCCAAGUUACUGCUUCAGCACCGAGCCGAUCCCAACGCUCGCACUGAGCUCGGCUGGACACCUUUGCACUCGGCCUGCAAGUGGAACAAUGCCGACUGUGCCCACCUGUUGCUUCAGUUCGGAGCCGACAUUAACGCAGAGUCGGAAGGCCAGCAGACGCCCUUGCACAUAACCGCCACGGUGUCCAACUGUCGGAACACUGCCACAGUCCUGUUACUCAAUCGUUAUAUCCAGGCCCGCAAGGAGAACAACUCGGAGGAACUGGCUUCUGUGAUUGCCCGCCGCACCGGCAUGAGUUUUCCGAUUUUCGAGAUUGGCGACGAGGCAUACGAUUGUGAAACUGGCUUGAUAGAUUAG